UGCUGCGCAUGGUAACGAUUACCAAAAGAGUCUUUAAAUUGAGAGAGCCAUGGGAUAUGGUUACGAGUAGUGAACUGAUUUAUGACGCUCAUAGGGAACAACUUCUGGGAAAACGCAUCCCCAAGUUCACCACCCGCAAUAUCCGCACGCCCAUCCCAAACCUUUACAGGUGGUACAUUGCUAGAACCAUCCUUAUGUGUUAGCUGUCGAGUCUUUCCUGUAAGAACAUCAGCUUUACUGAGUCAUCAGGUCCUCCGUUCUUGGUCCGCGGGUACACGUUCAUACCACCCAGCGUACCUGCCUUCAGCCUUGCGAUCACGAGGGCACCAACAGUCUGUGUUUGAAUUGUUGCUCAUGGCCCCAGAUUGGCUCCUUUCAGGUCUCACAUUGUUGGUCUGAUCCUUUCGGUGAUUUUAGGACGCGAGAUCCAUAUGGACCACUGAACUUCGUACAAGAUUGUCCUUGAGGGUGUUUGGAAGGCCAAAAAGACUUGCUUCGUACAACAACAUCCUGAUGCUCGGGGCUUUCGUCCGUCCAAACCCCCUUAACUCCUUCUAAAUGAGGUUAAUCAGCAGCUUCAAUGGCACCUCAUCGAACAAGUUUCGCACAUCGAACCCUGCCAGAAACGUCGCUGAGGAUCUCAACCCGUAGAGAUCAUUGGGCCAUGGACUGGUUCUUGUUGCCAAACAUGGAGUGUUCCGCAUUGACUUCGGAUCUCUGUUAUCACCCUCCAUUUUAACGAAGGAUCUGUACAGUACGGAGUUUCCUAAAUCUCCUAGUUCCAAGGGAAAAACCGUGGACAAUUCGCUUUUCGGCCGGCCGAAGCACCUUCGUACACAUCGUUGCAAGGCUGUGAGAUCUUUCUUUUCUUUAUUUCCGUUCACAACACGUACAGAAUGCUGCUGUACCUUCUUCGAAUGUAUUAAAAGUCUUUGGUUCUCUUGUUGGUACCUGUCUCUAGCCUUUUCACCCAACCACCACAUCCGACAAAAGAUACACCACAUUCACGUUGUUGUCGCACCGUUCCGAGCCUUGUCUCUGAAGCAAAUCACCUUUUCACAGAUGAGUCUAACAAAGCCAGGACUGAACGUGCCCCAGGCCGACUCGUCACGAGACGCCACUGCCGCCAACACUCCCUCGUCCAGCAUCAUGGAGAAAGAUGUCGAAAAGGAGGGCAUUCCCGCCGAAUCUUCUGUCUCGGAACGGGAACCAACAAACAUUGCAGAAAAGUCCGACAAUAGUGAAGAUGUAGUCGCAACUCCUCCCCAAACUCAACAACCAGUUUUCGACCCUUCUGCAUUUCCAGAUGGAGGGUUCAAGGCUUGGACGGUCGUCGCCGGAGCGUUCGCCAGUCUUUUCGUCAGUUUCGGAUGGAUCAACUGCAUCGGUGUGUUCCAAGAAUACUACGAAACUCAUCAACUCCGAAAAUACUCUUCGCAAGAGGUUGCAUGGAUCCCCUCUACCGAGUCAUGUAUGAUGUUCUUGGGUGGUAUCUGGGUGGGAAGAUUAUACGAUAAUUACGGCCCCCGAUACCUUCUCAUGGCCGGCACAUUCUUCCACGUCUUCGGACUGAUGAUGACCUCCAUCUCCAAGGAGUACUACCAGUUUUUCCUGGCGCAAGCCGUCUGUUCCGCCAUCGGGUGCUCUCUCUUCUUCUACCCAUCCAUGUCGGCCGUGACGACGUGGUUCUUCAAACGACGGGCCCUGGCUCUGGGGGUCACCGCCGCAGGCUCUUCCAUCGGUGGAGUCAUCUUCCCCGUCAUGGUCGAAAAACUCAUCCCUCAAGUCGGCUUCGGCUGGACCAUGCGAAUCUGCGCCUUUCUCAUCCUGGCCCUGGGUCUCUUUGCCAACCUCACCAUCGUCAGUCGCAUACCACCUAGACCUAGACCCGUCAAAGCAAAAGAUUUCCUACGUCCUUUCUCCGAACCGACUUUCGCCACGCUGGCCACCGGUGGCUUUCUGACUUGGCUAGGUCUCUUCAUCCCCUUCACCUUCAUCAUCCUCGCCAGCCGAGCCCACGGCGUCCCCAACUCUCUCGCCAAGUACCUCGUCCCCAUCAUGAACGCCGCCAGCACGUUCGGCAGGACCAUCCCACCCUUCCUCGCCGACCGCGUCGGCCGCCUCAACGUCUUGUUGUCCAUGUCGAUUCUGUCGUCCGUCAUCACGCUGGCCCUGUGGGUCCCCAGCGGGGGUUCCGCCGCCACCGUCGUCUACUGCUGCGUGUUUGGUUUCAGUUCCGGCGGCGUCGCGAGCAUCUUGCCGGCGGUCAUCGCCCAGUUCUCCAACAUCCAAGAGAUCGGCGUGCGGACGGGUGCCUUGUUCAGCGUGGCCGCCGUCGCCACCCUCAUCGGAAGCCCCAUCGCGGGCCAGAUCAUCUCCAACGGGGGUUACAGAGACAUGCAGGCUUUUGGCGGUGCCACCCUCGCCGCUGGCUCCCUGGUGUGGGUUUUCCUCUGGGUCAGGUUGGGCGGGUUCAAGGGGAAGAAGGUGUAGCAUCGUGGGCGUGUAAUUUCACCAGCAUCCGUCCAACCGUCCCUACUCGCACUUAUCUUGAUGUCUUGUUUCAGAAAGAAACAUAGCAUGCAUACUGUCAGGAGUCUCGAUAAUAUCAUUCCAACAUCGAUAGAAACAUAGAAUCAUAUAAUGGAACAACGAUUAUCCC